AUGGCACAAACAGGAUCCUCCUGUGAGGCCAACGAGAAGAGGACAUGCUUGAAGAGGAAAAGAAAUUCAACAGAUGAUGAGGUAGAGAAUAUGCCACCUAUAAAAAUAACAUCGAAGCUAGAAGAAGAUGUAUGUGAACUGCCACCCCACACAGUUGUUGAAUCAUCUUCAUGUUCGAGUGAUGAUGAAGGCCCAGAGCAGCCGAGGAGUGUGUUCACAGACUUAGAUUAUAGUGCUGAUAGUUUCCUAAGCCCACCGAGUAUACCUGAGCUACCCAAUUGCGUUUUAAGUCCUCUUGAGAAUGUUGCUAGAGGGGAAUGCACACCACACUCUAAUAAAAGACCUAGCACAAGCAAGGUGUAUCCUAGUCCACCGAAGCGUAAAUGUCCUCUGCCUGGGCUGUCCUGGGCUGAUCCCAGUGAUGUAUGGAAGAGUAUGUGUGAGGUUGACGCCAGGUCUACUAUGAUGAAGAACCCCAACAUGUUUGACAACCACCCCAACCUCCAGCCGAGAAUGAGAGCCAUUUUACUGGACUGGUUGAAUGAGGUGUGUGAAGUAUACAAGCUCCAUCGAGAGACCUUCCACUUGACCGUGGACUACGUGGACCGGUACCUCUCAAACACAGAGGACGUACAGAAAGGAAGACUACAGCUCAUAGGCAUAACCUGCUUAUUCAUAGCGGCGAAGGUGGAAGAAGUGUACCCGCCUAAGAUCGGCGAGUUCGCGUACGUGACGGACGGCGCGUGCACCACCGACGAGAUACUGUUAGAGGAGCUGCUCAUACUGAAGAUACUGUCCUGGAGCAUCACGCCCAUCACCAUCAACAGCUGGCUCAAUAUAUACAUGCAGCUGGCCAGCGAGGGCCGCAGCGCUAAGAGGAGGCUGCUCAGCGAAAGCGACCUGGGUAUCAACGCCUUAAGAGGAUACACGUUCGUGUUUCCUCAGUACUCGUCGCUAGAGUCAGUAGCGUGCGGACAGUUGGUAGACCUGGCGGUGCUGCACUCUGACGUCACGAGGCACGCCUCCAGCGCUGUGGCCGCAGCAGCAGUGGCGCACGCCUUCAAUGUAGACCUGGCGUUGAGGGUGUCAGGUUACAGCUGGUCGUCCCUAGAGCCGUGCUACACGUGGCUGUCACCGUUCGUGUCCGCCGUGCGCGAGGCGGGCGGCGUGGCGGGUGUCCGCGGCGGGGACGGCGACCACGUGCAGCGCGCCGCCGGCCUCAGGCUCAUCUGUCCCGACCUCAACCUGGACGAGAGCCACCGCAUACAGACACACAACGUCUCCUUGGACAUGUUUGACAAAGUAUACCAACAGCUGGCAGAGCAGCCAGAGACAACAGCGGAGUCCGAACUACACGCUUUCCCUCCCACGCCGCCCCACUCCGACCACAAGAGCCCCCACACGCCCGCCGCGAAGACCCCCUCCACACGGACCUGCGAGUGA